AUGUGGAAAGCGGUGCUCCUGGGUCUAUAUGCAGUAUUGGCUGUGAGAGGAUUGGCAAAGGCUGCUCCUUUCCAACCAGAAGAAAAAUGGAAGCCUCUAGACAACCCUAGAAACAGAGACCUGUUUUUCAGAACGCUCCAGGCUUAUUUUUCGGGGAGGGGUCUUGAUCUCAGAAAGUUCCCAGCUACUUUCACUAUGAACAAUGAAGGACCAAGGCCUGUCAUGUUCUACUCAGAUCCUAUUGCUUCUGCAUUUGCAGAUUAUGAAGAAAGGAAAAAUUCUUUUCCAAAUUAUUUCAAAGGCUGA